UUGUUACAGCGUGUUCGUACGUUCACGACUUCACUGGAGGAGUUGGCGGCGCGCGUCCAGGCGGCAGAAGCGGCACGAGCCUCGUGGCGCGCUCCGGGAGAUGCCAGAGAUGCGCGUGCUCAGUUGGAUGCUGUUUCCAGAGCACGUGCUCAACUGCCGCCACUGCGCCGCCUUGCUGACGAGCUUCGCGCUCAAGCUCAGCAACUAGCGAGAGAUAACGUCCAGUUACCGGAUCACUUGAGAGCGCGACUAGAUGACCUUAAUUCUAGAGUGACAGCACUAAACGCUGGUGGAGAAGAACGCGCUCGACAGCUUGCGGGCGUGGCGAGAGAUGGGGGCGCAGGCGCCGCCCAGGGCUUCCUCGCCGGCUCUGUACGCCCGCCUUGGGAGCGAGCCGUCACACCUGCUAAUGUACCUUAUUAUAUCAAUCACGAACUGGAGACCACACACUGGGAUCACCCGAAGAUGAUCGAGCUGAUGAACUCGCUCGCCGACCUCAACGAAGUACGAUUCUCGGCUUACAGGACAGCAUUGAAGUUGAGAACUGUGCAAAAAGCUCUUUGCAUGCACAUGCUCCAGUUGCCGGCGGCGCUAGAGGCAUUCGACUCGCACGGGCUUCGCGCACAAAAUGAUAGACUCAUAGACAUACCCGACAUGAUCACAGUCCUCACGUCUUUAUAUGAAGUGAUUGCAGCAGAGAAUCCGAGUCUGGUGAACGUGCCACUUUGCCUGGAUUUGUCCAUCAACUGGUUGCUGAACGUGUACGACAGUCAGCGCACGGGACAGAUCCGAGUGCUCAGCUUCAAGGUCGGCCUUGUGCUGCUCUGCAAGGGGCACCUGGAGGAGAAGUACAGAUACCUGUUCCGACUUAUCGCAGACCCGUCGUGUCGAGUCGAUCAGAGGAAGCUGGGAUUGCUUCUUCACGACUGCAUACAAGUUCCUAGACAGCUUGGAGAGGUGGCUGCUUUCGGAGGGUCCAAUAUCGAACCCUCGGUUAGAAGCUGUUUCGAGCAAGCUUCUGCUACCACCAAAGAAGGAAGCAAAGGGGGCACUCUCGACAGAAAAGGAGCGACAGAGAAGGACAAGGACAAAGAGAAGGAGAAAGAAGAGAACUCAGAGAAGACAGAACGUGAUGCAGAUGGUCAAGUGCAGCAGAUCGAGGCGUUCCACUUCCUGCAGUGGCUGCAGAAGGAGCCGCAGUCCAUGGUGUGGUUGCCCGUGCUGCAUCGCUUGGCUGCCGCAGAAAGUGCGAAACACCAGGCCAAGUGCAACAUCUGCAAAGACUACCCCAUCGUUGGAUUCAGGUAUCGUUGUCUCAAGUGCUUCAACUUUGACAUGUGCCAGAAAUGCUUCUUCAGCGGACGGAAGGCCAAGAACCACAAACUCACACAUCCCAUGCAGGAGUAUUGCACUGCUACUACUUCCGGCGAAGAUGUUAGAGAUUUUACCCGAGCUCUCCGCAACAAGUUUAAGUCGGCGAGAUAUUUCAAGAAGCAUCCACGAGUUGGAUAUUUGCCUGUCCAGACAGUUCUAGAAGGUGACGCGCUGGAAUCUCCAGCGCCGUCCCCACAGCACGCGUGCGGCGCGGGGGCUGGUGCGGGCGACGAUAUGCACUCGCGCCUCGUUAUGUCCGCCGGCGCAGGUCGAGGGAGCGCGACCACCCGACACGCCCGACAGGUACGUCUAUAUCGCUCUGUCUCGUUCUUACUGCACGAUUGGUCUGAGCUGUACGCUGGCAGGUGA